UGUAUCAUAACGGUGAUCAAGACAUGUCAAAGAUAACAGGAUCAUCGUCAGGGGCAGGUGGCUCCCAAACCAUCGAUCAAGCCAAAGGUGCUAACCCACAAAAUGGAUCGAUCAAAGGACCUCCUUUGGGUUCAUCUUCACAUACGCUUCAGCUUUUGGUCAUGCUAACGUUGAACAGCAUCUUAAUCUUUCUCUGUUUGAUCGUUUUACCAGCCCACAUGUUAUGGCGAGAAGCAUCAAAGCAAAAUUUGGCAUUAAAGAAUAACGAAGACAGUAUAACAGUAAGCCCAUUAGCCAAACAAGCCUACGAUUCAUCUUUAGAAAAUGUCAAUUCAGCAAGGCAAAAUUUGAUUACCGCUUUUAAACUUUUGUUUUCUACGCCCAAUAGUGAUUCAACAGCUAUCAAAUGGAUCAAACGUGGAAAUCGAUCAACUUUGGCAGCUUUGAUAUUAAGUCAAUCUUGGUUCGUUGCACGAUUUAAAGGUUGGUGGGACGAAGCAGAAGCGAUGGAACGUGGUGAUCGUGAAGAAGUAAUGAAAAGAAGAAGGAUUGGAAUAGGUAAACAGAUGGAACACGUUACAAUGACUUCCUUUGUUUUACCUUUGAUUGCAAUUGUCAUUUAUGCAGUCCUCGUUCUUUGUGGAGCACCUUUCCUUAAAAGUCAUUUGGAUACUUUGUUCUUGUCGGGAUUUUUGGCCCUAUUGGCCCUCCUCCCUGCCAUUCACGUAUUGGGCACAGAUGAACAGGAAUGGAUCAAAGCUUUCUCCUUCUCAAGUACGAUAUCUGAAACGACCAAAGCUGCACCGAGAUUCAAGAUCUUGGUUCGGACAACUACGUGUACUCUGCUAGGCGCUCUGAUUGGAUCAUCAGGAGUUUUGCUGGAUUGGGAUAAAGCUUGGCAAGCAUAUCCUGUGCCUUCUGUUUUGGGUGCUAGCAUUGGACUUUUGGUCGGAAAUGUUUUGGCCGGCUUGACAUACCUAAUGUCAACUCAAUCUCGUUCUGCUGGACCUCGUGUGGAAAGGAAAGGAGGUUCUAUUCUAUCCACAGCAAGCAAGAAGAAAAAGAAGCGUUAAAGGUGUAUGCAGAAUGAUCAAACAUCAAUUUAAUCACAUCUUGGGAUAUCAUUUGUACAUAAAAGAGUAAUAACAGACAUGCAAAUUAAUAGCCAGAUCACUUUGCAUCCCAUUCAUCAAUCGUCUCAUAGAAAGUUUUGAUGAUUCUCUUUUGAGCGUCUGCGCCCUUUUCAGAUUUUGAAUCUCCAACGCCUCUGAUGACAAGGUACUUUCUUCCUUGUAACACUUCAGGAGUGAUAUCACCAAAGCUUUCUGUACUGAUAGAUUUCAAGGUGGGCUCUUUUGCACCUACGACCACACCGCCUGCUUCUUGAAUGAUCACAGCUCCAGCACAUACAUCCCAAGCCCAA